GGGCUAUUUCUCUAAUAAAUUAUUCCACAAAUGGCUAUUAAUUGUUUCCUAACUAAGUGCUUUCGCAGCUGAUGGGCAGUUUUUCGUUAUAUAUCAGGCUUAUAUUUAAGUAAUUUUCCGAUUUCUACAAGUGCGGAUAUAAGGUCAGUUCGAAUUCGCCGUACGCAGAAGUGCACAUAAUUAAAUAACCCGUAAGAGAGAUAUUUCUCAUUGUCUUAAAACCUCAGUGAAUUCAACCUCACUCUAGUCUCUGAAGCCUCCUCAAUCUAUCUCUGUCAUAUAAGACUGCAUUUGAGAUGAAGCUCAAUUCCUUCAUCUGAACUCAUUCUCAAAACCUGUACGACUACUUACUGUUUGUUUUGAACUACACUACACAUUAAAUCUCCUUCUGUUUAUGAUGGAUAGGAUCGUUGUGAGCUUACUUAGCCUCUUCAGGCUUCAAUAAAUCUAAUCUCAUUUUUCAAAUGGAACUUCAUUCGCCAGGCAUUAUUCUGAUGAGGUUCAACUAUUCGACGAGUGUUUAUCACGGGGAAGCAUGUACACGUUGCAAGGUUUCAACAUCAUCCCAAGCACAUUGCAACAACUUAACAAAAUCCUGAAAAAGUUUGGAAUUAACGCGUUCGACACUACUGCCAACGGUAUCAUCUUCGUAUCUGAUACUUCAGGUACGGAUGCAACCACGCCGGUCGAUGGAAACGGGACCGGCGUAUCCUGCUUGUCAAAUCAAAAUGUGCGCCUUGUCUACUGGCGAAGCAAAUCCGCCGUUGUUAUUCUGUGUAACCUAUCUGAGGGGCCAGGCAGUCGAGAACUGAACGAUUGUAGGUUCUCGGACGAUCGUGAGACGCACGCGUAUGAACCCGCCACGCUAAUAAGCCCAACAGCCAUGGUAUGCGAGGAAUGAACAGGAGAGCCGACGAACUCCACCAAGCAAUUGGUUGACUGAAGAGAAAUCCAACUUGGCGAAGAUCGUUAGACUUCGCAUCGCAUUCUAGCCACUUUAUACUUGGUCACAUUACAAACAGCAGCGACUCACGGGAAUCAUCUGGGGCUACUGCUGAACGGUCAACAUCGACUAACAGAAAUCGAACGCACAACCUUUAUUUGUUCAUCAUUGAAAAAGUGAUAGCAAAGAUUCAUCCAUAGUUGCAGGUGCUUUGCGAACCAGAAACAGUAAUUCGGCCUUAUAUACACGCUGUGAGCUCGAAAAUUGAUGUUUUCAAAUUAUGUAUCAGUGUGCAUAUAUAUAUAUACAUUCAUAUAUAAAGUCGCAACUGUUAAUCGCGCCGAUUUCGCUAGAGACGUCUUGAAAGCGAAGCAUCGCAAUGGUACCCUGCCCAUGCACCUUUUUCGAUGGACGACUCUUAUAAGAGCCUCUAAACUUGCGUUGUGGUGCGGCAGCAAUCUGUGAAUCACCGCGAUAGCUACUGCAUACCACUAGGUGGUUUGCUUACUUGUGUAGACCUAUUCUGAGCCUCUAUCUGGCGUAGCUAGAGACGCUAAUCUAUGCAUCUAGUUGGGACUACCGUCAAGUUCCUUCUUUUUUUGCUGUAGCGGCUACCACAGUAGAGGCAGCUGUACUUCGGGGUCACUGUUGCGGUCACAUUAUCGCUAUCCUGUAGUUAUCCCCUCUCCACAUCCUUUCCAUUCGAGGGUAGGUCGCGAAUAGGCUGGCUCACCCCCGAGACCGGGAGAGGAGGAGACAUUAGGGUGGAGUAAAAAAUAACGUAUGACCCGGCGAGGGGUUCAGCGAGUUUCGAAACUCAGUCAGGUGUUCGAUAGUCAUGAACGGAGGCAGUCUGUUGAGACCAACUCAACGACGACCACUAGAUUUAGUACUGCGAUAACAGCGUGGUUUUGCCUGUCUGCUUUCUGUCGUCCUCUUCCCCUCGAGCGAUCUUGCUACAUUCGGUGUUGCUCGCGCUGAUGCCGGGGUAGCCGAAGUUGCUAACGCAGUAGAAGUGGCAGUUCAACCAAAGGUCGCAAGCGGAAGCUUCGCUGUUUGCCAAAGUAGACCAGACCCAGUUUUACAGAAGGCGCUAUCGGCAGAUCCCAAGCCUAAGUGUUUUCUGCUAUGGGUGGCAGGCGCUGGUCGACCUAUGAUUCUGUCUGGCUGUGUUAGGUUCUUCAUGUUGAGCAUCUUGACGUUUAACCCGCACGUGUUAGACAGACCUAUUAGUUUACUGGCCCUACGACAGGCAACGACCAUUCUACAUCUGCUCGCUUCUUACUUUUUCGUAUUCUCAUCUUCAUUCUCGACGACGAUCGGUGGUAUCCGGGGCACUUUUAUGUGAGUGGUUUUUGCCAUUGUACCCGCCGACUAUCAUUGCUCCCGUUGCUGGCAGUUGUCGAGCGUCAACUCGAGCAGCCUAGCAUUGUUAUCACUUUAUUUCUGACAAUUCUCCUACAGGCCGUAGAUUCACGACCCAAGGACUAACUUAGCCGUAAGAAAACUCACCAGUCAUACCUGAGGCCUGGUUGAUUCGCUCUAUUCAAGAUGUGUAUGCGACUGGAACUGUUGACUGUACAAUAAGAACAGCAGGACAAAGUGUAAAAAAGACGAAUUUGUGAUCGUCAAUGUGUGAACCAGUGUGUUUUGUGCACGUAUGCGUGCGCAUUCUAAACGCCUAUGUCCGAAAAUCUGGUAUUCUCGCUGUCCGAGAGAUGUUUAGAAAAAAAGUCAUCGCACGGAGAAAUAGUGAGCCGGGCAGUCGGUGUCACCACGAUCAACAAAACCAGUGCUAAAGAAACAUUGCGAUCACUUUAAUCUGACUCUGCACGCGGCCCAAGAGUCUAUCGGCGAGCGGAUAUCGAAUGCUGGUUGUUCAUAGAGAUCAAUGUAAUUAACCAAAACGUGAACUCACUGUUUUACCGACCGCUCGCUCAUGUAUUUCUUGAGGAGAAAACAGCCGACCGUUGUUGAUUGGGUUCUCCCGUUCUUGUGGACUAGAAUUAAUACGACUUCUCUUUCACCCUGCCCAUUGCACACAGUUGCAGUCAAUAUUAUCACUGUUACAACUGGCGCUAUUUCUUUCUAGCGGUGAAUAGUCACGCCUGCAGACCUAUUAUGCAUUCACGAAUCACUAGUAAUACUGGGAAGUCCAGCACUAUUUCACAAAACAAAUAAGAAAAGAGCCUCUUUCCUUUGUCUUUAGCUGUAACACUCUAGGACCUACGGUAGCACUCGGAAUUUGGCCAACGCCAAAAAAACAAGUGGGCGCUGCCCUAUUAGCUCGAUCAUAAUACGUCAUUGGAAACCCAGCAGUCUGAAUCACUUUCGGCUUGUUAAGUGGGCUACCGAUACGCGAUGUGGCCGUGAACGAAAACUGAACGCCAAUGUUGGAGACGUACCCUCGACGAGGCAAAACGUGCGCUAGGCGCUAAACGACCCGAGCGUUUAGUACCAUGAAUAAAAACAGGUGUGGCAAUUGUAGUUUGAAUGGUUCUCGAUAGUUAACGGUAACGGCAGAUUAGCUUGAUUGGCUGAAGCAAAAACGACGCGUGAAUUGGAAAGAAAAACACGCCCUGAAGGACUUUUCUGCGCUCCUCUAUGAAUACCUAGGAUACCGCUGUGAACGUCGCCAAUUUAGGAAUGACAAAUAGUGAUUCUGUUUAUAAUUACCUUUAUGAACAAUCGGAUAAAUCAUAAAUAUUGGUCAACGAAAGUAUUUUAUGCGGAUACAAUGCGCGAAUCGAGAAACUUUUAUGCUGGACGAUACACUAGUAGACCCAGAGUAGGCGGGAUGUCCUCCGACGAUUCCGCUGGUGGCUGUGGGAACUCUUCAUCGUCCUCAUCCCUAUCUGACGGUGAAGUGCUACCGCUUCCCACACCUCCGGUGCCUGACAACUCAGACACUACAGGCCUUCGAAGGCAGCAGCUUGACGCAGGAACUGACCCAGGCCAACACCAUCAUCACGAUCAUUUGCAACAGGCUUUACAGGCAGCGGUUAGUCACUCACCUGUGGUAAAUGGUGGGUCAAUACCACCCCUUGGUAUGGAGUCGCAAGCAGCGUUUAUGAGAAGGUCAUUCCACAAGAAUCCCAGAUUACCUGGCACCUAUCGUCUAUCGAAACUUAAUGGUUGCUCAAGGAGCUCGUACGCGGAUUCGGAAUCGGAGAAUGAUCUUCCCGAUAACGCGCUGUGUCGCAAGCUUGAUAAAAUGAGUUUCGGCAGAGGCUCAUCCACUCGGCAAAGUUUGACAUCGAUGCGAUCGUUGCCGGCGAAAACCCAGGAGAUCUUAAUGACACCCGCAGCAUAUAGCGCUAAACACGAAAGGCGGCGCGCCUUUAUUCCGAUUUCCACAAAGAUGGCCUCAAGAGUGAUCUCGAACGCCACUGGAGAUCUUGAUACAUCGCACGUCGAUUGCCGAGACUUCACUACACAUCUCGGCAUUUCGCGAACAUUGACGAUUGGCUCACAACGACAGCACGGCUCCACGCCUGCGCUGCACCAUAAGCAGCGCAUCCUGGAGGAGGUCGAGUGUCCGUCCACCAUGGAUGAGCCGCUAACGACACCAGGCAUAAUACCAGUAUCAUUCGUGACCUUCAAACCCCCGUAUGGCCGCAACAGUAUAUGCAGUUCGGACGAUUGCAGCACAAGUGAAGGGAGCAGCUCACCGCACAGCACCGUACGACGUGUAGGCCCGACUGGGACAACCUCAUCAAGUCCGGAUCUGCUCAAAUCAUCUUUUCACUGGCUCAAGGACAAUCCCGCUUGCCGGUUCUCAAUGUCGAGCCAAAGUUCAUGGUUCUCCGAUGAUGAACUAUACUCGAUGCGUAGCACCAGCAAAUAGCGCGAAAAAGCAGAUUGAGCACGAAACACUAAUGUUGAUUAUGGUGACCAUGCACGCGCACAACGAAUCGUUCGAUUGUGGUCAAUUCGUGUCGAAGAAUCUACGAAGCGACAGGGAACAUAAUUAUGCCACGAAAGCAAGAGCAACAAAGAGAACAUAGAAUCGUAUUAGGAGGAUAUAUUAGUAGCAGUAUCACUUCAGAAGCUCGGCAGAAAGGCGGAUAAAUUAAACAGCUUCCGACUGGCGACAUGUAUAACAAGUAUCGUUGCACUGGAGCACGCUUUAGAGGCAGAUCUAAGAGCAAAUGUACAGUAUAAAAGGGGCUAAGAUGGGGAGAGGGGUUCUGAUUAGCACUGAUAAAAAGGAUUCGUAUAUCAUUAGUGCAGUUAGUGCAUACGAAAAAAACAAUGAUGGCAAAGAAAUGACGCAAAAGAGAACAGCGAAUAUAAAUAAGAGACAAGGAAAAAUGGUGGGACAAUGUUCGUGCUAUGGUUCGUCUCAGAAUCUCUUGACAAAGGAAGCGGAGUGGUGGAACAGGGAAAAAAGUGGAUGAUUGAAAGCAUCUACCAUAUUAUUAUUCAAACUUUGGUGCUUAUUACGCUAGGACAAACGUGCGCCUUGCCAAACUCCUAUCGCCGCCAGAUAGAUUAUAUAAAAAGAAACAUAUACAUAUAAAGAAAUAUAAAAAGAGGAUAAUAUUAAUUUAUUCAAAGAAAACUAAUAAUAAAAAGAGGAAUCGAAUUAAGAUAGUAAUAAAAUGCAAAGCACUGAUGCGCUAGCGAUCCCAGAAAAUGUAGCGGAAAGAUGUACCAGUAGUUUCUACUAGUCUGUUUAAGAAUUACGCUGAAAGGUAUUCGCGUUCCAAACGCCACCCUGUGCAUCCGGAGCUGCAACUAAGAUAAAUGGCUAUGCGAGCAUGACGCAUUAACUGAACUCUAAGCACAAAGUUUCAGGGUGUUUAGCAUACUUCGCAAAAAUUCGUUAAUUUGUGUGCAACUUUGAUUUGAAAUCUUUAGAGUAGAAAAGACCAGAUUUUUAGAAAGCCGCCAUAUGCUGUAAAGAGAUUUACAGAGCCCAAGCUAAAUGAAACAACAUAAUAAUUUAAAGGAUAACAAAAAACUGAUACUUCUGCUCUACGAAAGUAAUGAAUGGAUCCUAAAACGCCGAGAACUCCCAACGAGGAGACCACUCCUGUGGGAGACUGCUGCGCAUAUUUAAUCUGGCAACUGGGUCAUGUCAUGUUCACACGACUUACUGGAGGUGCCUGGAGUUGCUGAUAAGGCUGAUCUGAUGAUAAGAGACGCGCCGCAUCUGGCAAAAUGGGUGGACUACCGAAGCUGUCAAUUGUCUCCUAUGUAAAUAUAAUAAUUGACGCGCUUCAAAAGAUAGGAUAGUCCGUAUCGUUCCUAUUGCGCAGAGUAUCCAAGGUCAUAUACAGUUGGCUCCGCAAAAAAAUCAAAAUCCAUUCACUUCCUUGAUCUAUUGAUAGUCUAGCGAUCAGCCGAUGUCUCAAGAGUGUUUUUGGUAGCUGACAGCUUUGACCUCACUCAUGUCCAAAAUAAUUGUUUCCAAUUGCUCGUCUGCGGAAAUUGACCAUGUGUAUUAUCUACUAUUUAAUUUAUUUGUUAAUUAGCUAAUAUCUCACGCGUGUAAUAUAUUGUUACAAGAAUAGAUUUACAAUAGGAUACGAAUUAUUCCAAAGUUACAUAUGAAAUAAUUAAAUUAUCACACGUAAUUGACAUCGGUUAUCGUGGACAUGCGUUAGCUAGUGCUGUAUGUAGUGUUAUCUUCUCGCUGACCACCGUUACCCUUCGGGUAGCGAGCGCGAUUCAUGCAAUUUUUGAUGAUGAAACUAAUAACGCGAUGAAGGAACACCUGUGUGUGUGCAAAGAAAUAUUUCCAAUUAUUAUAUUUACCCAUAAAGCAUUGCUGCAGCAGGUUUCUUUUCAUCUCGCCCUGUGAACUUUCUCAUCGGUUGUCUGGUUCAACUUGGAUAAAAUAGUCAAAGUUCGCUGAGGUUCCCAUAGAUACAAUUAUCAUGUACAUAGUAGUACCACGUGGUGUGGACUGUAUAUGUA